AUGGUCAAUGUAGAAUCGUCAGAGCUUGACAGAGCGGAGGAGUUAUUACCCCCUGAGCUACUGGAUAUCCUUGGGGAAGACCCAAGUAAACCCAAAGAAGUCCCCAUUACAUUCAAUGCAGCAAUCAAGGUUAGGAUGGAGAAAUGGCUUCAAGAAGGACUCCAAGAGGAUGUUAAGAAGACCCUAUCCGAAAUUGCCAAGAAGCGUGAUGUUCAUUUUGUGAAUUCACAAAAUUCAGCAGGAUCAGCACUGUCAGCUCUGGGAGCAGCAAUGUCAAUGGUCGUUGACAAUCCAGAGGAUGGCAUUGACCAAGAACUGUUGGUAUCAUACCUCUGGGAUGCAUCAAAGUUGAUGUGUGAUGUUUUUCAUCAAUUCUCAGUAGCUAGAAGAUCAUUCAUCACGCCGUUACUGAAUAAAUCAGUGAAACCGACAGUGGAAGCCACUAAACCUGACGAGUGGCUCUAUGACGAAAAAUUCGCCGACCAACAAGGGACAGGGAAACGUCAGACACCCACCUGCGAGAUACAAGCAGGUGGGUGGCUAUCAGAAACGACAGACACUGAACUUCAAACCAAGAACAUUCACGCAGACAUCCCGCCCUGCGAGCUCCAAGACGUCAUCAACGUCGAAUCGAACGACGAUAACAAAGAAAUAGAUGAGGUAAUCAUCCCUGCCGGUCGUUUGAGGUUAUUUACUGACGUUUGGAGAGAAAUUACAACAGAUAAAUUCAUAAUCCAGUGUCUUCAGGGAUAUAAAAUCCCGUUCAGAAAAAUUCCACAUCAAUUUAAACCUCCAAAUGCUCCGUCUCGGUUAGCAAAAAAUUGGACCACCAUUAGCGCAGAGAUUGAGAAAUUAUUAAUCAAAGGCGCAAGUGAGGAAUGUUCAGAGGAGGAAGGACAAUUUAUUUCGUCAUAUUUUCUUAUUCCUAAGCCUGAUGGCUCCAACAGGUUUAUUUUCAAUUUGAAGAGAUUAAAUCGAUUUGUUGUACAAAAGCAUUUCAAAAUGGAAGAUAUAAGAUCAGUUGAGAUCCUUCUGAAUCAAGGGGAUUGGAUGGCAUCUUUAGACUUAAAAGACGCAUAUUGUUUAAUGCCUGUACAUAGGGAUCAUCGUAAAUAUUUACGAUUCCAAUUUAAUGGGAAGCUCUUCCAAUUUACAUGCCUACCUUUUGGUUUAUGUUCCAGUCCGUAUGUUUACACAAAGAUCUUUAAACCUGUCAUGUAUAAAUUAAGAAUUCAGGGUAUUCGUACAGUGAUUUAUAUUGACGAUCUUAUAAUUAUCGCAAAUUCGUAUUCCGAAUGUUCGAAUCAAGUGAAAAUAGCUCGGGACUUGAUUGAACGAUUGGGGUUUAUAAUUAAUUAUCAAAAGAGUUCGUUGGUACCUAAUCAGCGUUGCAAAUAUUUGGGGUUUAUAAUUAAUUCAAUAGAUUAUCGGUUAGAACUCACUGACAAGAAAAAAGAACAUAAACACCCUUUGUCGCAGACUUCCGACGAAAGACGUAGAUCCCGUUUGUCCCCCCAUCGGACGUCGUGCAAACGGAAUCCUGGAGUUCGACGGUUGAUAAUAUCCAGGCGUUUUCCUUCGCACCUGAGGAGGCUUGAGAGUCUCGCUCAUCUUAUUUAA